GUGGCGUGUGUGGGGAGGCAGCCAAGAGCACCCACUUUGGGGGCGUGAGUUGCGCCUCUUGCAAGUCUUUCUUCAGGAGGAGCGUCCAAGGUCACCUCUACACUACCUACCUCUGCAUCAGGGACCACACAUGUCCUCUACUCCAGAACCGCAGGUGCUGCCAGGCCUGCAGGUACAGGAGGUGUCGUGAGAUCGGCAUGGACCCGGCGCUGGUGAUGAGCGAAGAUGACAGGCUCGCUCUCAGGUCUCGUCGUCUCGAAAGGAAGAAGCAGCAACUUCUGCUGCACUUGAGCAACAAACACAACACUUCCCUGGAGGAACUCGGCGGCCAAGUGGAUGAUCUCGGAGACAAUGUGAAUGAACUUGAGAGCCAAGCGGAAGAACCCGGGAUCCAAGCGGAAGAACCCGGGAUCCAAGCGGAAGAACCCGGGAUCCAAGCGGAAGAACCCGGGAUCCAAGCGGAAGAACCCGGGAGCCAAGCGGAAGAACCCGGGAUCCAAGCGGAAGAACCCGGGAGCCAAGCGGAAGAACCCGGGAUCCAAGCGGAAGAACCCGGGAUCCAAGUGGAGGAACAUGAGGGCCAAGCAUAUACACACUUGAUCAAAGAGGAAGAACCUAUGGACCAAGAUGAUAAAGUUGCAUACCAAGAUAGUCUCUGGAACGAGGAUAAACUCCCCAACAGCAGUAAGCUCUUCAAGCAAGGACUCACGGAGAGAAGCCAAAACAGGGUUGAAGUUAAACUUGAGAACCCCGACAUAAACACAGACAAGGUCAGAUUCCAGGACUUACAUAAUUUUACAGUGGAUGACGACGUUUUAAUGGAUCAGGAGGAUAUUCUCGUGAGCUCUGACGCACACUUGAGCACCCAGAGCCACCAGGAGGAAGGGCGUGAUCCGUGUUUAGAAACCUUGAGCUGCGAAGACAAGAAGAGUAUCGUAGACUUGCAAAAACUCGUGAGGAAGGCCCUUGCCUUCCCAGAAUUUCCCAAACACUACUAUGACAAAGAUGCUGACGUCAUGGAACACUUACUAUUCAUGUUCUGUAAGGGCAUGGGCAAGUUCUUCAGCAUUGUUCCCGACUUUCGAGAAUUGGAGCCCAGAGUCCAAGGCAUUCUUCUCAAGGAGGGAGUGGCCAAGGCUGUGUUCAUAUUCGGUGCUCAUCAGUUUGAGGAGCACGGAGGGUGUUGGCCACGGAGGCUCCUGACACCGUCCUGCACCUUCCCCAAUGUUACCAUGUUCGCCGUCCACAAGUUUCUCAAUGACCCACACACAUUCACCAGGAUUAAAACCUUCAUGGGGAAAUACUGCUUCUUCUUCACUGACGAGACUGUAACAGUGUUGAGCCUUAUGCUGGCGGUGUUUGAUCCUGACGACCCGGAGGUGAGGGCGGACGUGGAGGUGGCGGCCACCAGAGACAAGUAUCUUCGCCUCUUCCAGAAUUAUCUCACGCACAGAGAUCCAAGCGUGUCGUCGGAAGCAAUCGUCUCGGAGCUCUGGUUGUGCUUUGCUGAGGUCCAGCAACUUAUUGUCUGCUUCAAGAGCAGUAACACGCCAGGCGCCGGACAAGCAGCCGCCUCCAAUACUGCUGGACACAAAGAAACAGCAUUUGCAAGCUCCUGUCACGAACUUAGCGGAGACUCCAUGUUGCCACCCAAAAAGGCAUUCUAUAAAAGAAAUACUAAAAUGACUGAGGAAGGUGAGUCUUCUGAUGUUAUAUUUCUUGAAGAGAAACAAUCAAGUCAUACAAAACAAUACGACCAUAAUGAGAGGCGUGUUAAUUACUCCGAGGCCAGAGGAGAGAGGGGAGUGACACAUGAUGGUACUGACUUGGGCACAACGACACCCCCGUGGCCAGCUGCCUCAAUGCAGGACCAUAAUUACCCAAUAUCAAGUCCACAAAUACAUGGAUAUCCCCAGAAUUGCUUAAAUAGUCCCGGGAGGUUAGAGGCAAUCAAAUUAAAUGAAUUAGAAAUUACACCUUUACCUCAAAACUACAGACCAAGUCAGAACUACAGAGACAUAAUUCCGGAAACUUCUGUUAAUAUUUCACCUUCACAGACAAUCUUCCCGCUUUCUUCUCAUAGGACAACAUCUGCCUUUUUGAUUCCCAUAGUAAGAGAGAACAGCAGCUCACAGAUGUUGACACUGGAUUCUACACACACCCAGCUUAGAGACCGCCUUCAGAGACCUGAAAACUGGUAUAAUCCUUCCAAACAAAUAAGUGUAGCAAGGAACCUCGUCAUUGGCCACGCCGAAGCUGAGUCUGGUGACCAUGUAGCAAGCCACUUCGUAAACACUCAAGGAUCCCAAUCAUGCAGGAUACCGUCAGCACACUCGGUCACGACACACCAAACUCUCGACACCAGACAACACCUGCCAUCUGACAUCCCGCAGUUUCAUCACCAAAUUCAUCACAGGCUCAGCCUUCAGAAUAAUCCAGCGGCCCCCCAGGGAAACCACCUGUGCCACCUGAAUCAGAAGUCCUCUUCACUUGGACGUCACCUGGAGCAACCUCGCUGCUCAGGUCAGUCGUGUUGCGAUGUUCGUCAGGAGGUCCAAGAGGACCAUCAUCCUCGUGUAGAUGUUCAUAGGCACGCUCACAGCUGCUGCCCACCUUCCUAUCACAGCCAACUACACUCCGCGCCCCUAAAACACUCUUUAGCUAGAGCCAACUACCAUGACGGCAGUUCAAUGCCACCUAUAACAUACUCCCCAUUGAGGUCACUCCCCUACGGCGACCGCCCAUCUCCGUCUUUCACACACUCCCCAGUUGGGGCCCUCUACCACCCUGACCGUCCCUCGCCAUCUCCCUCACACUCCUCAGAGAUGACUCCCUGCUAUGGCAACAGUCCUUCCUAUACGCCGAUAAGAGACUUCUACCACAGCAACAGAUCUUCCACACAUUCAUUAGUGGAACACACGAAUAGCCGGACUGACCAGCAGGUUUUACAGGCCGUGGAGGGCAUCUUGCCGACCAAACUAGUAAAACACCUCACUGCCAGGCUCCGUGCUGUCCCACGACACCUACCCCCAUAAACACCUCACUGC